AUGACGGCAAAGGACAGCAAUGGUUAUGUCGUCAUAGACGACACCGACAGCGCCAUUCAGUACACUGGCUCAUGGGUGGAAGUUGACGGAAGGCGCUUUGACGGAAUCGGAAACUUUGGACCGACACAUCGUGGCUCGUUACACUUCGGGGAAGCGGGGUCGAGUUUGUCUUUUACAUUCAACGGGACUGCCGGAUAUCUUCAAGGGACGAACACAGAGGAGACCUUGGACGGGUCUCCCCCCGAUAGUGGCUCAGAACCUCUCGAAUGGGAAUGUUUAAUAGAUGGUAAACCGCUUGCAUCAAGUGCAUCUGUGGCUGCCGUCGUCCCCGAGAACAAUUGGCGCUUCUGUGAAUGGGAUGACUUGCCUGCUGGGCCACUACAUACCGUGACUUUCAAUGUUAUCGGCGGUACUGGUGGACGAGGCUUCUUUUUCGACCGGAUAGACUACAGCCCGACUGCUGGAUCGAUGCGUUCCAAUCAGUCGGUUAUCAUCGCCGCCUCGAAUCCUCGAAUCUCUUACAGUCCAUCAUGGAGACCUCUUGGUCUUAACAAGAUGACCUCUGUGCUCGAAGCAACAAUGUCGUUCGAUUUCGUUGGUACUUCAAUUGCGUUUUAUGGUCAGGCAUUAGCCUCGCGAAACAAGUCAGAUAUCAAUUACCGAAUAGACAGUCAAAUGCCCAUCAACUUGGAUUUACCUGGGAAUCUCAAUCUCACGCAAAUCAACCAGCUCUAUUUUGAGACACCUACUCGUACGACAGGAAAACACACCUUGACCGUCACUUACUUCGGUAAUCCAGGCGUCCUACCGUUGAUCCUGUCUUCCCUUAUCGUCCACAACGAGGUGGAGAUCAACGCCGAUGCUGCGAUCGCGUCUUCGACGAAAUCACCCCUUGGUCCCAUACUUGGUGGUGUGUUUGGACUUACCGUAUUCCUCUCAGUAAUUGCUACCACCGUCUGGUGUUUGCUGUGUCGCCGUCGCUAUCAAUCUCGGCGCCGUAGAUCAGGCAGAGUUCGUUCUGCUGAUGUCCUAGCUCGCCCUUUCGCCGACUUUUCCUUGUCAAGUCCUCAAGCACCAUAUCAAUCCUAUUCAAGCACUCCCUACUCCAGUAGAACUGCGCUGAAUCCCGUUCCGUCUACUUCCAGUCACACAUUUUCUCCCUCAUCGACCCCUCCUCGGAAUGCUCACAGAACGAAAGAGCUUCCUCCCCUUCCGAGACAAUCUAGAAUCAUGCCUUCCCCUCCUCAGCCGUGUGUUACGAAUAGCCAGUCAUUAAUUCCUGAACCCCAGUAUCCCCCAAGAAGCAUUCGCCAUCAAGAUAGCGGUCUGCGAUUGCUCACUCACGUCCUACCCAUCGAGCAUCCUCCAGAAUACACUCCUACUUAA